GGGACAAAAAACUCACCUAUUUGACUGAAGGUAGACGCCGGAUUGACGUCAUAGCAACCGUAAUUUGACGUGUGAACGUCCACCAGUCGUGACCGCACACACACGCGUGCACGCACACAACCCUCAACCACCAAGUGUUUCCUUGACGGAGCAAAAAAGGCGACUUUUGUUCCCCACCGGGAAAGAGGAAUUGUUUAUUAUCACUAAUAAGAAGUGAUUUGCAGUAGUAGAUAGUUGAGGAGCUUCCAAGCUGCUGUGGGUGUAUUUUUUUUUCUCAUUUGGUUGAAUUUCCUCUGCGAUGGAAGUGAGAUGUCGUCCCGCGGUGAUGUGCUGUUUUCUCGCCGUACUCUCCUCCGUGGUUUCCCGCUCCUUGGGCUCGCCUUACGUGGACAGACAGUAUCUGAACGAGUGGGCCGUCGAGAUACCGGGUGGGCAGGAUGCUGCAGCCGAGAUCGCCCGGGAGCUGGACUACCAGCUGGUCCGACAGAUUGGCGCCCUGAAGGACCAUUUUUUGUUCAGACAUCGAAAACAUCCACGCAGAAUGAAGCGAGGUGCAGAACACAUCACCAGGCGGCUGUCGGAGGAUGAUCGGGUGCUUUGGGCAGAGCAACAGUACGAGAAACGGCGCAACAAGCGCGCAUCCCUCGGGGAGUGCAGGGACUGCCCGGUGGACAAGUUGUUUGACGACCCCAUGUGGAACCAGCAGUGGUAUUUGCAAGACACAAGGACGUCGUCCUCGCUGCCCAAACUGGACUUGCACGUCAUCCCCGUGUGGCAGAAGGGCAUCACUGGGAAAGGAGUGGUCAUCACUGUUCUAGAUGACGGACUGGAGUGGAACCACACAGACAUCUACUCAAACUACGAUGCAGCAGCCAGCUACGACUUCAACGACAAUGACCCAGAUCCAUUCCCCAGAUACGAUGCCACCAAUGAAAACAAGCAUGGGACCAGGUGUGCUGGUGAGAUCGCCAUGCAAGCAGACAACAAUAAAUGUGGCGUUGGGGUGGCCUUUAACUCCAAGGUUGGAGGCAUUCGCAUGCUAGAUGGGAUUGUAACGGAUGCCAUCGAGGCUAGCUCCAUUGGCUUCAAUCCAGAACAUGUGGACAUCUACAGUGCCAGCUGGGGACCCAAUGAUGAUGGCAAGACGGUGGAAGGCCCCGGUCGUCUGGCUCAGAAAGCAUUUGAGUACGGCAUCCAGAAGGGCCGAGGCGGGAAGGGCUCAAUCUUUGUUUGGGCAUCAGGUAACGGUGGCCGCCAGGGGGAUAACUGUGACUGCGAUGGCUACACAGACAGCAUCUACACUAUCUCAAUCAGCAGCGCCUCCCAGCAGGGCUUGUCUCCAUGGUACGCUGAGAAGUGUUCCUCUACUCUGGCUACAGCGUACAGUAGUGGAGACUACACCGAUCAGAGGAUUACCAGUGCUGAUCUCCACAAUGAGUGCACUCAGACUCACACCGGAACGUCGGCCUCAGCCCCGCUAGCUGCUGGAAUAUUUGCCCUGGCACUGGAGCAAAAUCCAGACCUAACAUGGAGAGACCUGCAGCACAUUGUGGUUUGGACUUCAGAGUUCGAUCCCUUGGCUAAUAAUCCAGGUUGGAAGCGGAACGGAGCAACACUGAUGGUUAACAGUCGCUUCGGUUUCGGACUGCUCAAUGCCAAAGCCUUAGUUGACCUUGCUGACCCUGCCACCUGGAAGCACGUGCCUGAAAAGAAGCAAUGUAUAGUGAGGGAUGACUCCUUCCAGCCUAGGGAGCUGAAAGCCGCAGGGGAGACCACUAUAGAGAUUCCAACUAAAGCCUGUGCAGGGCAGGAGAACGCCAUCGGCUCACUGGAGCACGUGCAGGUGGAGGCCAGCAUUGAAUACACUAGGAGAGGAGAUCUGCACAUCACACUCACCUCGCCGGCUGGCACCAGCACAGUGCUGCUCGCUGAACGUGAGCGGGACACUUCGUCCAAUGGUUUCAGAAACUGGGAUUUUAUGUCAGUCCAUACAUGGGGAGAAGACCCUUCUGGUACCUGGACCAUCACAAUCACUGACACUUCCGGACGCAUGGAGAAUGAGGGUCGAAUCUUGAACUGGAAGUUGAUUCUUCACGGAACAUCGGAGAAGCCAGAGCACAUGAAGAAGCCUCGGGUGUACAUUCCCUACAAUGCUGUGCAGAAUGAUCGCCGUGGUGUGGAACAUAUGGAUGACAUGAUGGAGGAGCCCACUGAGGCCCAUCCACCUCUAAAGACAAAAACACAAGCCUCAGCUCCUUCUAACACAGAGAAAGAACCCCGAAAACCAGCAAACACCCCCACACAGGCCUUGCUGCGUCUCCUGCAGACAGCUUUCAACAGGCAAAGCUCCGCCUCCCAGGAGCCUAGGUCAGCCUGGAGGAAACAGCAAACUGGAAGAAUGUCCUCCCUCCCGGCAACACGAACCCCACCGCAGAAGCUGUACCAAGCUCUGGACAUGAUCAACAAGUAUGGUGGCCCAGAGGAUAGCGUCUACAGUGACUAUAGCGACGGCUUCUACAGCACCAAGCCUUACAGGCAUAGGGAUGACCGCCUGCUGCAAGCUCUGUUCCAGAUGAUAGAUGGUGAGGAGCGGAAGUGAGAGAAGAGAGAACAGUGUGAUUUUGUGUUGGUUGGGAAGCAGAGGAACAAGGCAAAAGAAGAAAGAAGGAGAAAAUUGGCAAUGCGAGAAAGUGACAUCUAAACUCUCAUUCAGUUCUGUGUUGUCCCCCAAAAUGCUGCAUAGCUGAUCUCCUUAUUUUCAUUUCAAAACUUACUUAUUUUUUAUGCAGAUUGAUUUGGUUCGUUGGUUUGAAUCCAAGUGGAACAUCUUUGCUCUCGGUGGUCACUCACCUCUUUACUGCCUGCUCAAGCACGCCGUCAUUAGAAUAUAUAUUUUCUCAAUACAUACAAAGACAAUGAUUGUAGCAUGGAUUUGUCAACAAUAAUCCCUAGUUUAGAUGCUGAUAGUCCUGUUUUGAGUCAUAUGCCAGUACUGUGCAAAAAUCUCGGGCCACCAUUAGCUUUGUUGCUUUAAUGACUUUUUUCACAGCGUCCACUCCGACGUAGUAAAACAGUUAACAGAUACAGUUAGCAGCGAUCUCAUACUGUGUUCAUUCUAAAACGUUGCAGCGGAAUUAUAAUUUAGUGUUUUCCUUGUUUGAGUCACUAUGAAUGUGAAUCGUCCAUCACUUUUGCACAGUAUUGUAGCUCUCGAGUGCAUCUCACACUAACAUAUUAACUUUAGAGGGAAAAAUCAUCUUCAAAUAGUGAAUAUCAACAUUACUUUAAAUCAAGUGAGCUUACACUUAAACCUCGGAAAACAUUUUUUCACAGAUGAUUGAUUCUCAGGGUGUCUGCAAACCACGCUCUACAAAAAAUAAAAUACAGUGUGGAAGAUCAUACAGUGACAAACUAUAAACAGUGACGUGCGGUGAGGUUCAUGGCUGGUGCGGCACUGACUCCUUUGGAGGGUUUUUUUACGUUAAUGCAGGUGUCUCAUUAAAAGGAUAACAACAAAAAGAAGCGCAUAAUUCACUUUUGUUUAAAAAACAUGUUUUCAAAUACUAUUUUUUUAUUAACUGAAAAACAUUUGUACUCUUACCUUUUAUUUGUAGCCUAUAUUAAGUACUUGCAACCUAUCCUUCUCCAGGAAAAGCUCUGAUACUUUGUUGUAAAACUCUGAUCACCUCCUGGUGUGUUUAGAUGUAUGAUGCUACGUCUUGGCAGUCAAAUACAUUCUUUCAUUCAGCAGAACAUAAAUACAGGCAGCUUUCUGGCUCUAUGGUGCAAAAAAACACCCCAGCUUUUCCUUUCUAUGGAAGUACACAGCAGUGACAAGCACCUUCCAGCUCAAGCAUGCCCGCACACCUUCAGGAUGAGGCAUGUACUGCAGCGCCUCAGCGUAUGACAUUUGACAUGUAUUUUACUGUCCGAUUAGCAAGAAUAAUGAUGCCACGCUUACAUUAAAGAAAUCACACAGGCUGCAGAAAGUCAUGGUGUGUAAUAAAUGUUUCUGCAACAUAUUAUAAGCGACAUGCUGACAAACACAAACUGGCAGGUGCCAUGUCUACUCAGAUGGCAGGCUGGUCUUGUAGCUGAGAAGAGGCGCUCGUGGCAGCCUCAUCUUAGCUUUCUGCCCUGGAAAUUUUCACACAGGAAAUACCCUUAGAAUAUAGUUCAAUGGGCAUAUUAAUAUUUACUUUGCGUUAUCAUUAUUUUGUUAUUUUGAUGCCCUACCUCACCUACCUCCCCUGACCGCACGUCACUGAGUGUAAAGAUAAUCCAACUGUACUGUCACGCUCUAAGAAUAUCUUUCUGCAUGAUAAGAAAAAGUACUGUGAGAGAAGCUACAUGUUUAAGUUAAGAAAAACACAAAAACAAAGUGAUCUUUUUAUUUUGCAAUUUUGUUUGAUUUUGUAUAAGUACUAUGCUGCAUUAAAGGAAAUAUUUUUCUAAGAAUCCUCAUAGUUUAUGAAAUAAUAUAUGAAUCCCUCAAAGAGUUUAUUCUUUCAUUUGAUUACUGCAACAGAACACUGCCAGUUUGUUGUCAAGCUUCUGUGCGUUUCAAUGAAAAGUAUUGGUUCUUUACCUGUCCCAUGUCAAAUGUAAGCCGUUCCUUUAAACGUUGCAGUAUUGAUUUAGUGAAAUAACUAUUCUGCUCUUAAUGGAUGUGUUAAACAAAGGCUCUGCAUGACAACCUGCAGUCACAUUUGUGUUAGAUGAUACAACAGCAUACUUACGUCCACAUAUUUCAAAGCAAGUUUGUACGUAACGAAUGAUCAUAAAGCCUCUAUGCAGAGCCCCUGUAGUUCAGUGUGAAACUGCCAGCCCCGCUUCUCUGCCAACAAGAAGACAGGAUAAGGAUGAUGUUUUGAAAAAUGCUGCACCUUGUAAUUUAUUCAUAGCGUAGCCUAUAUUAUAAUCUUUUACCUUUCUUUGUUUUGGCUGAUGCUUCAGUUCCGAAUUGUUUAAACAAGCCAAAAUUAUGUUGCAAAUUCUGUAUGGUUGUACAAAAAUUAGAGAUUUGUCGUAAUAAACUGCAAAGUGACCUCUUGA